AUGUGGCGGGACCGGACCAACCUCUACAUAUCCUACCGCCAGUCGUUCGCGCAUCAUCCAGCCAAGAAGCCACGUUAUCUCGGAGCUUCCAAUGGCUUCUCCGAUAGCCUGUCGCAGCCUGAAGAAAGCCGGCGACUCAUUUCAGAAACCGGCGGUCUCGACGACGAUGGCGACGCAAUUAUCGAGAUGGACGUUUUACCCCCGCGCUGGGUUGACGUACAGGAGGAAGUGACGGAGCUACUUGCGGACAUUGCGCAGAAGUCCUCCCACCUCGAUAAGCUACACCAGAAACACCUUCUACCCGGAUUCGGAGACGAGGACGUACGAAAGCAAGAUGAGUUAGUUAUAGAGAGGCUCACACAGGAUAUCACCCGCUCCUUUCAUGAAUGCCAGAAAGCGGUUAAGAAGAUCGAGACGAUGGUACGGGAAGCUCAACAACAAGGUGGAGUUAGCAGCGGCGAUGAAACCAUGGCCAAGAACCUGCAGAUAUCUCUUGCAGCUAGGGUACAAGAGGCUAGUGCUCGGUUCCGGAAGAAACAAAGUACCUAUUUGAAGAAGUUACGAGGACUGGAGGGUGGAUCAGCGCCAUUUGAACGCUCGCCGACACCGAUGCAGAACCCAUACACAGACCCGUCGCUAAUGGAGUCCGAUGCGGACAAAUCGUUCUCGCAAUCUACGCUGAUGCAGACGUCGCAACGACUGACGGGCCAGAACGAUGCCGCCAUUGAACAGCGGGAGCGCGAAAUCAACGACAUCGCGAAAGGAAUCAUUGAGCUGUCGGAUAUUUUCCGGGAGCUGCAGUCUAUGGUUAUCGAUCAGGGUACCAUGCUAGAUCGGAUUGACUAUAAUAUCGAGCGGAUGGGCACGGAGGUCAAGGCCGCGGAUAAAGAGCUGAAAGUGGCUACAAACUACCAACGACGUACAGUGAAGCGCAAGAUCAUGCUCCUGCUGGUGAUCAUAGUCGCAGGCCUGUUUAUUGUUCUACUAGUCAAGCCGAAGAAACACAGUUCCCCGGAUCCCGCUCCGGCACCGGCGCCGCCACCUCCCCCACAAACUAAUGAACAGCCGCCCGCAAUGACUCCUCGUGCCUUCCAUACCAUAUACCGCCGCAAGAGGAGUCCCUCUUCGUUACGGAUUGCGAGGAACAAAUGGGGUGAUCCGGAUAUAUUUCGAUAG